GGCAGUCCCUCUUUCGAAAGCACGCGCUGUACUCGAAUUAAGGUGUCAGAUUCCCCAAAAAUACUCUAAAUAUAAGGCAAAACGAUGGCGUUUAGCCCAGGGGAAUUGUCCGAUUGGAAUCCCAUGUCCGAGGACUUUAUUACUGAUUACAUCAAUGGUGAGGGCCAAAAUACGAUGGAGGAGGCUCCAGUCCCCGUCGGAAACCAGUCAGUCAAGGAUGCCCUUGCGGCGGAAGCAAAGGCCCGCAACGCAAAGCAGCAGAAAUACCCAUAUCUGGUUGUGAAGAAAACCUCAAAACUUGUGACGGAAAAUAUGCUUAUAAAUUUCUUUGGGAGAGAUCUCAUCCAGGACCAGGAAUAUCGCCCAAUGUCGCGAGUUUACUUUGUCUACUUUAAGAACCUUGGUUCACUGGAAGCUGCGCAAUCGAAGGUGGAGUGCUACCCAUCCUUGCUCGAAUGCCAUCGCGGUCGCCAAAAGCCGCCGCAGCAGGAAUUCCCACCUGUGCUGAAUGACAACAUAUCAACAGCAGCUGCAGAUCCAGUGCCAAUCCCCUCAAUCCGUGAGCGAACCGACGUGAAUCUCUCCUCGCGAGAUAUAUACACCUCCGCUGGCUGUCAAAAACAUCCGGUCUUUAUCCAGCCUCCGCUGCUGACCAAGGCGGAUUACGCCGCCAAGGGCUCACUGUUGGCCAUCAACGAUCCCGAUCGACGCUAUCUGAAUGUCAAGGAUGAGUUCGCCUUGGAGCGGCAUGGCGCCUAUGUGGUCAGAGAGGAGCGGGUAGAUAGUGUUCUUAUCAGUCUUUCAGGAAGAUCCCGAUCUAUACCCCUUGUCGAAAAGCUAAACACGAAGGAGAAUGACAAAGACCUCAACCAAAUGAUCGAAAAAAUGGGGCUGCGCAAGUGCGUGACCUGUGAAAAUUGGACGGACGUGUCCUGCAAGGUCUGCAGUACGCCCUUCUGCCACGAGGAAUGCUUCGAUUAUGUACGCAAGGAGCACAAGGAGAGCUGCGGUACCGGCAAAGAACUCCAGCUUGGCGAAACAGUUGGAAAUAGACGCAAGUUCCCAGAGCCUAAAAUGCCACCCUCAGGAUCCAAGGUUAAAAUCACCGCUUUCCAACAGACAAAUGUCUGCUAUGUGCGCUCCACUGCGCGCCAGGACGAUGUUGCCUAUUUUGGCGUCCUUACUGAGGUACUGAUAAAGGGAAAAGCGGCGGUCAGGCUUGAGAAUCUGCCAAAAUCCGGACAGAUGGUUCUCUUUAAGUUUGAGACUGAAAUCAUCCGAGCCAUGGUGCUCUACGUUGACAACAAUCUAAAGCGCAUAUAUGUGGUGUGCAUUGACUUUGGGAACGUUGAGGUUGUAAAGUUGGAAGACCUCUAUCAAUGUAGUCCCUAUCUCGCGGACUUGCCGUGCUAUCCCAUUGCUGUGCAGUUGCGCGGAGUUCCCAAGGGCUUCAUGAGUCCCAAUGCCAGCGCAACGCUGUACCAGCUGAGUGGAAUGAUUGAGUAUAAACUAAAGUACUCGAAGCAGGAGUACGACUCCGCCAAGAAUAUGCAGAUCGCGGUGCUGAUCGAGGUCUAUAAGAACGGCAACCUGAACCGUCUGCUCAAGACUGUCAUAUCGCCGACGGUGCCUCCGUUGUCGGACCCGGGUUACAAAGUGGAUUAUCUUCCCCAUAUAUCCUUGCCCAUCGGCAAGAACAUUGAGUUGGUUGUGAUGGACAACACUCUUCUGAAUGUCGGCCUCAUCUACUGCACGCUCAAGGAACUGGCUUAUGAGGUUACCAAAAUGCAGCGAGAAAUGCAGGCUUAUGGCGAAUCGGCAAACACAUGUUCAGUCUUCGCCCCACUGAAAGAUGAAUUGUGCGUGGCCAAAUACCAGGGAAAGUGGUGCCGGGGUCUUUCGAUGGAGCUGGUGGGCGAUGGCUACCCUAGCAUUUUGUUCCUAGAUUACGGCAACAUUGUGCCCAUCCAUGUGAGCGACAUACGUCCGUAUCCACCGCAGUUUAUAUUCCCAGUGUUGACCACUGAGCUGGAUAUAAUUGGUUUUCCAGAAAACCCAACCGUUGAGCAGGUGAGGUACCUCGAGCAGUAUCUGAUUGUGGGUUCCACAGUCACCUGUAGCGAAAUAGUUCGCUGCCAAGAAUCCAACAACUUGUCGGUUCGCUUCGAUGAGCUGAAACAUAUUUUUAACUUGAAAUAACUUGCCAAGGACACAACAUUCCGCAUAGACAAGAUGUACUGUUGAAGUUUUGAAAUAAUUCUAUGAUUUCUAUGUUUAAGUUUUGAAGUUAUUUUUAAUUUUUGAAGUGAAAUAUAUAAUUUAAAUAAUUA